UCGAGGUUGUUCGAGGUUAUGUCGUAACGACGUUUGAAACGUCUGCGGAUGUUUCCUAAUUCCUCUCGUAUUGUAAAAAGUUUCAUGGCAAAAUGCUCGAACGAAAAGAUUCUGAAGGGAACUCCUACGUUUUCAAUGAAGAAGAUUUACCUUAUGAGGAAGAGAUUUUAAGGAAUCCUUACUCCGUCAAACACUGGCAGCGAUACAUAGACCACUUAAAGAGUUCCAAAAGUUGUAAUUUAAAUAUUGUAUAUGAACGUGCAUUGAAAGAACUACCUGGAAGCUAUAAACUGUGGUAUAAUUACCUUCGUCAUAGAGUGAACCAGUUGAAGAAACGUUGUAUAACAGAUCCUCUUUAUGAAGACGUGAAUAAUGCAUUCGAGAGAGCGUUAGUAUUUAUGCAUAAAAUGCCUCGAAUCUGGAUGGAUUAUUGCAUCCUUAUGACAGAUCAGUGCUAUAUUACUCGUACUCGUCAGGUUUUUGAUCGGUCCCUAAGAGCGUUACCAAUUACUCAACACCAUCGUAUUUGGCCCCUCUACAUUGAUUUUCUAAAAAAGCAUAACGUUUAUGAAACUGCGGUAAGGGUGUUCAGAAGAUAUCUAAAGUUAGCUCCAGAAGAUACAGAGGAAUAUAUAGAGUAUUUGAUCUCUGUGGGAAGAUUAGACGAAGCUGCUAUGAAGCUAGCACACAUAGUCAACCAAGAUGACUUUAUUUCAAAGCAUGGUAAAUCAAAUCAUCAACUAUGGAAUGAAUUAUGUGACUUAAUAUCAAAGAAUCCAUCAAAAAUAAAAUCCCUUAACGUCGAUGCCAUCAUCAGAGGAGGUUUGAGACGUUAUACCGAUCAGUUGGGUCCUCUGUGGAACUCUUUAGCUGAUUAUUAUGUCAGAAGUGGCUUAUUCGAAAGGGCUCGUGACAUUUACGAAGAAGCCAUUCAAACCGUUACCACCGUUAGAGACUUUACUCAAGUAUUCGACGCUUACGCUCAGUUUGAAGAACUUAGCCUUAGCAAACGAAUGGAAGAGGCUGCAAAAAAUCCUAACCCAACUGAAGAAGAUGACAUUGAACUGGAGUUACGUUUAGCACGUUUUGAACAUCUCAUGGAACGAAGAUUAUUGCUACUAAAUUCAGUCCUCUUGAGGCAAAAUCCUCACAAUGUACAAGAAUGGCACAAAAGAGUGAUGUUGUACGAAGGCCAACCUCACGAAAUAAUUAAUACCUACACCGAAGCAGUGCAAACCGUACAGCCUCAGCUAGCGGUUGGCAAAUUGCACACAUUAUGGGUUGCAUUUGCUAAAUUCUACGAAGAGAAUGGACAAAUAUCUGACGCUAGAGUGGUCUUUGAAAAAGCAACUCAUGUUCCGUACACAAAAGUUGACGACCUCGCAUCUGUGUGGUGUGAGUGGGCGGAGAUGGAAAUCCGUCAUGGGAAUUGUAAGGAAGCUUUAAAGCUUAUGCACAAAGCGACAGCUAUGCCGUCAAGAAAAGUUGCAUACCAUGACGAGACCGAAACUGUACAGAUGAGGUUAUAUAAAUCUUUGAAAGUAUGGUCCAUGUAUGCAGAUUUGGAAGAAAGCUUCGGCACAUUUAAGACAUGCAAAGCUGUGUACGACAAAAUUAUAGACCUGAAAAUUGCAACGCCUCAGAUAAUCAUCAAUUACGGUCUGUUCUUAGAAGAAAAUAAUUACUUCGAGGAAGCCUUUCGGGCAUAUGAGAAAGGAAUCGCUUUGUUCAAAUGGCCCAACGUGUACGAUAUCUGGAAUACAUACCUCACUAAAUUUUUACAUCGUUACGGAGGGACAAAAUUGGAACGUACUCGAGAUUUAUUCGAACAGUGUCUUGAACACUGCCCAUCCAAAUAUGCCAAAGCUUUAUAUUUAUUAUACGCAAAGCUGGAAGAAGAACACGGUCUGGCUAGACACGCAAUGUCAGUUUACGAAAGAGCCACGAGUGCAGUUCUGCCCGAAGAAAAAUUUGAAAUGUUCAACAUUUAUAUUAAGAAGGCUGCCGAUAUUUAUGGAGUGCCAAAAACGCGCCAGAUCUACGAAAAAGCUAUAGAAGUCUUGAACGAAGAAAACACCAGGGAAAUGUGUCUGCGGUUUGCAGAGAUGGAAACGAAAUUAGGAGAAGUCGAUCGUGCAAGAGCAAUUUAUGCGCAUUGCAGUCAGAUAUGCGAUCCAAGGGUUACAUCGAAUUUUUGGCAAAUUUGGAAAGAGUUUGAAGUAAGGCAUGGCAACGAGGAUACCAUGAGGGAAAUGUUAAGGAUAAAGAGGAGUGUGCAGGCUAUGUAUAAUACUCAAGUGAAUAUGAUGUCUGCGCAAAUGUUAAACAACGCAUCUUCUUCGGAGCAGCCCAUCGAUGCCAUGCGUUUGUUGGACAGUAAAGUACCCGGUGGAGAAGUUAAUCCUCUACCUGGACCAAAGGACAGUAUCAGAUUUGUUCGUGGGGUAACGGAAGGUGAUGGCAAAGCGAAGCCACAAGUAGCGAAUCCAGAUGAGAUCGAUAUCGAUAUUAAUAUGGACGACGACGACGAGGAGGAUGAAGACAACGACGAGAACGAAGCAGAAAUGGAGGAGGACAUACCAGUCGAGAAGCAAGCUAUACCGUCGAAAGUUUUUGGUAGUUUGAAGAACGACGAGAACGAAGACGAGUAAAGGUCACUCGAUAAGAGACCGCAGCCUACCAGGUUUACAUAACUCAGAAUAAUACAAAAACGAUUGGCAUCGGAUGAAGUAAAUCCAUCGUAACUCUACGGAAUAAACGUAACUAUGUUUAAACGA